CGUGUAUGUCUAUAGUAGGAAAGGGAAAUUCUUAACUGCAAAAAGGAGAGACACACAUAGACAGACACACACAUUUGUAGUAUACUGGGAUUAUUUAACCCCUCAAAAGGAUAAAGAGGUUCUUAUUGAAAUCAUGUGCACUCAAAUUAAACUGAAAUUAUAGAACAUUGGGUUUGCCUUUAUAUAAAAAAAAAAAAAAACAAACAAACAAAAAAAAAACAGUACCACGUACCAGUGUAUUUAUUAAACAUAUUGUAUAUGCAAGGGGUUCUAGUUUAGAAAGAUAAAGAUGUCCUUUGCGAUGCUGCGCUCCGCCCCCGGCAGGUUCCUCUACUCUGAGAUCAGCAUGCUCUCCGAGGAUGAGGACGGCGGCAGCGAGAGCUCGGGCUCCGACGACAAGUCCUUCCUGCUGGAGGGCCCCGGCUACGAGAUCAAGGUGGGAGGCAAACGGAAAUCAGGCAACCGGAGGGUCACCCAGCAGAUCGUUGUGGGCGAAACGCGGCAGAGGAACGCGGCAAACGCCCGUGAGCGGGACCGCACUAACAGCGUGAACACGGCCUUCACUGCGCUCAGGACCAUGAUCCCCACAGAGCCUGCCGACCGCAAGCUCUCCAAGAUCGAGACCCUGCGCCUGGCCUCCAGCUACAUCUCUCACCUGGGCAAUGUGCUGCUGGUGGGGGAGGCGUGCGGAGACGGGCAGCCCUGCCACACCACCUCCUCCUAUUACCAGCACAGCAGCCCCGGCAGGGACAGCGAUGGCUCCCAGCCCAAACACAUCUGCACCUUCUGUCUCAGCAACCAGAGGAAAAUGAGCAAAGAUAGAGACAGAAAAACAGCCUUACGAAGUUAAUAGCAAACAGUACAAAAAAAAAAAUUAAGAAAAUAAUGAUCACACGAUAAAAACUUGUGUAUGUGAAAUAAUAAUAAUAAUAAUAAUAAUAAUAAUAAUAAUAAUAAUAAUACAUAAAACUAAAAAUAAUACCAGCUGUAUAAGACAGGACUCCCUUCCUUAUUGGGCAUUUUAUCUGUGUAGCUUUUGGACGGAUCUCCCUGCAUGGAAUACGUCUUACACAAGAGGUUCAGAUUCAACUUCACACCUUUACCUUGAAACAGGACAACACUGAAGCUUGAUUCUCUCCAUGUCUCUGGACCAGUAAAGAAUGACAUUUGAAAGCUACAGCAGCACAGAAGCCUUUCCUGCUAUUGACACACAAGGGUAACAUGCACCACUUCGAAGGCUGAAGAGGAACAGAGGAGGACAAAGACUCCAUGCUUUAAAAGCAUAAGCACGACCAGGGUUCAAGAAUAACAAAACUGAUCCAACGUGACUGGAGCUCUUUGUGGAUUUAUCUCUCCUUUCUGCCAAUGUGGUGCUGGUGCAGUAAACAGAGACCUAAUUGAGGACACAUUUCCAGACAAUAACUUAACCGUUUACCUGCCAGACAUUAGGAGCCCAGCUAUUUCUGGACCUUGAUAUGACACAUGCAUUCCAGAAGCUUUUGCACUUGUAUAAAAGAAGCUUCGAGAAACAGGACAACCCUUUUGCUAUACUUUAAAACCUUUGUGUUUGUGCCUUGCCUUUUCUAAAUCAAUACAUGCUGGAUUUUCGUGUAAUUGAUGUUACAUAAUAAAAUCGUAAAUAUUUUGUUGAAAAAAUAAAAUGACAUUUAUAUACAAA